AUGACAAGAAGAAUUAGCAAGGGUCGUCAAAGGGUUGACAUGGUGAAAAUAAAGAAUGCUAGAAACUUAGGAGUUACGUUUUCUAAGCGUCGUGCUGGUCUGUUCAAAAAGGCUAGUGAACUUUGUACGCUAUGUGGUGCUGAAAUUGCCAUUGUUAUAUUUUCCCCGGACAGUAAAGUUUUCUCCUUUGGUCACCCUAGCGUGGACACGUUGAUGGAGAGGUUCCUUGGGAACCUCCCUCCACCAAAUAAUGAUGUCCAGAAUCAACAAAUCGUGGCUCUUAGAGAAGCUGGUAUUCGUGAGCUCAAUACCACGAUCAUGAACCUCGAGGGGGUUCUCCAGAUGGAGAAAAAUCGCGGAGAAUCCCUUCAAGAAAUUAGGGAGAGAGCUGAUGGUGUAUGGUGGGAAUCUCCCAUGGAAGAACUUAACUUAUUCCAACUUCAACACUUGAAGAAGGCAUUGGAAAUUCUGAAGCAAAAGGUUGAAAAAGAGGCACAAAUGGUGAAUAAUAAUGCAUUCCCAUUUCAGACAUUGGGAAGUGCCAGGACUCCACCAAAUUGUGCUAGCUAA